AUAUCUUGACUGUUGUGACGUAUUUCUGGAUGUGGCAUCCACGUUGAGUAGCACCCCUCCCCCAUCGCCUCUGCCCCACACCCCAAUCAAGUCAUUGCACAGAAGACUUCAUUAAACUCAAAUGUUUACCAAAUGACUUUUAAGCGGGAGCUAAGUUACGUCGAUUGACAUGGAGAAUUUGUUGGCGGACAAGAGAUAACAAUGCCGGACAUUUGUAGAUGUAUAUAUACCCCCAUGGUUGUCAAACAUUUAUCUAAGCCUUUGGAUAUGUUUCAUGGUUUUAGUUUGUAUUGUCUUUUGACCAGCUUGACAAGUGAGACUGUUUUGCAACCUUGGUCAGAAAAACAGUACAGCUAGGGACCACCUCCAGAGCGAAUAUUACUUUAUUCGGCAUUUUAAACCAUUUUCAUGUCGUUGUUUGGAGAAUUGUUUCAUUUAUUGUGUUUUGGGGAAUAUCGGGAUACGUAUCAACAACUCGAGCAAUAUUUAUUGAUUAUUUUUCUACUAUGUUUGAUGCAUUGGCGAUCAUUUAGAGUUAGAUGAAGCAUCGAUAUACUGUCAACUCAUCUUGAACAUGCACCACUAAUCGGGAUGGAGGACCCGUCAAUCCAAAUCAAUAAUAUUUCACAGCAUCAGACGUCAUUACUUUAGUAAACACUUUUUGAGUCGUGUAUAAUAGGAAUAAUAUUUCGGGAAGGUUUCUUCCUUUAUCAGGAUAGUACUUCUCAAAGGAGAGAAUUCAGUCUUACCGAUGGAAAAGAGUACGUCGCCAUAGUUCAAGAGAUUGACUGGAAUGAGAUUGGACCCUGGUUUAGGGUGCCAAAUGUUUCUCGUAUAUACAAGUUCCAUCUCUUGGAGACGUCUAAAGGAUAUCUAAAGAUUAAUGUUUAUUUCUGAUAAUUUGGCAUGAUCCUUCGGAAAUACUGUUAUCAUUUUGGACCCUAGUGAAGUGUGGCCAGAUUGAGGCGUCGAAUGUUUCUCGUACAACAUCCGCUAGACAGCAACAUUGUCAUAAAGACCGAUGUUAUUUCUGAUGAUUCAAUUUGAUCUUUCUGAAAGACUGAUACUAUCUUGAGCCCUGGAGUGUGCUUUGUUCCUCGUACAAGAUCCGUCUUUGCAAAUGAUACUAUGAUAACUGUUGAUUUUUUUAAUGAUUUGGCUUGAUCUUUCGGAAAGAAUAGGUCUAAAUUUUGACAAUUUCUUUUGAAAGUUUAAUAUCUAUCAGCAACCAUGAGGAGUAGAGACCAGGGGAUACAGAGCAUAGAAACAGGUGCCUACCACAACAAGUGCGCACCGGAGCCCAAGCAACCACCCCAGCGGACAGGCAACCAACAGCCACGGGCCGGAGCAGGCGGAGCCCCAGGAGCAGGUGGAGCUGCUGGAGUGAGCGGGAGACAUACAAGAGCCGAUUUCAGAGAGUGCAAUAGUGUGAUCGAGGAUAAGACGUGGAGAGAGACGGUUGGCAGGGAAAAGAAGGGCCAGAUACGAUGGGACGAAGGCUGGGGAUUUCUCAGGGACUUCGAUCAAAAGGGUAAUCCUAAGGUAAAACCGGAACCGCCAGAAAACCUGACCCUGUUCUCCGAGUCGGUUCCUAACACGUCAAAUCAGCGAUUCGGACACCAGCAGAAAACCGGAGCCGCCAAAGCAAUGGUUGAUCUACAACAUAGACUCAGUACAACAAACCGGAAGAAGCAUCACAAAGAAUUAGUUUGCUACGAUUGAUCACAAAUCUCCAUGAAACCAUCCAUUAACUAUUGAACACCAUGGACGCGGAACUGUUACCGGAUUUUGGUGAAACCGACCCGGUCCCGACAUAGACUCAGUACAACCGGCAACCGGAAGAAGCAUCAGGUAAAUAAUUAGUUUGCUACGACUGAUCACCGAGCUCUGUGAAAUAAAACCCUCCAUUUGCAGACUCGAAACUAUAUUCAGCAUGUAUCUUGGAUAUGGAACUGUUAACGGAGUUUGUAUUCGAGGACAAUUAUCCGGGUCGACACCUGUCCGGAUCGUAAUAUAUCUCUUUCCGACCUUCAGGAAAUAAUGACUCCUUGGUUUGGACAGAGAGCGAGCUGUAAAUUUUAUAUUGAAUAUUUAUCAAUAUGAUCAAUAUUAAUUAUGUACAAAUGAAUAUGAUAUGAAUUAUUGUGCCAAAGACUUGAAAAUGUGAACGUGUAUUAAUUUCAGAAUCGAUAUCUGAUGUAUAUCGCAACCAAGCGGACACGAUUUUCAAAGUCAAAAUUAUGAAAAUAGUACAUCAAUUUUCAACAUUUCACGGGCGGCGCCAAGGAGAGGCCAAGGGAUGACCGUCCCAGCUGCAGCCCCUAUGUGUUUUCAAGUAUUUCAAGUAUAUUUUUUUUUAAAGGGGGAGAGGAAUAUAAAUAUAGGGAAGUGAUGGGGGGGGGGGGUUGAGAAAGAAGAGUAUAAAACGAUGGUGGUGGUAUCGCUUAAAUCUAUAAUGGCGCUAUAAUUGAAUCGAGAAAAAAUGACAUCAUCUCCAAUCUUUAUCCCAUCUUGUCCUACCUGCCUAUAUUGAAAUACACCACCGUCACCCCUGGUGCAUAUUGCACGUAAUUUUUUUUUUUAAAUUAUCUUUAAAUGUUCUGUUAAUGCUUUCAAGAUUAAGCUGAAAGCUCAUGUUCAGGGUCAGACAAAGGGGGGGAAAAAUAAAAGGAAAGUAUUGACCGUUUUGAGAGUUUUGACCCUAUUUCAUUUCGAGAAGGAGGGAGAUAUUGUCAAAAUUCCUACGUGAUUUGCCGUUUUUAUCAAUUUUUUUUUUUACAAGGUUAUACCCCGGGGGCCCCUUUCCCGUUUCCCAAAAGCAGAAGUUUAGCUACAAGAACAGGAAGAAGGAAAUAUGUAUUAUGUUCGAAGAUAGAUUUAAAAAUAUUUACACACUUUUAGUGCUCUCAUGUAUGGUUUACCAUUAGUGGUAUUCUAUGGCACUUCUCAAUGAACGAAAAAAAAGCGCCAAGUUAGACACUGUAUUUGAAAUCCGGUUUUUUAACUUAAUAAACACAUUAUGUGAAUUUGUUUAUUGUCAUUCCAUAUUGUUACAUGGGUCUGAAGUCCACCGGGCUUGAUGCUGUAAGAGGUUCAUUUACUCAAACACCUUUACAACCAUCGGGUGUUUCCAAGUCAUGUCUCACCCCUCCCCUAAAUUAUAGUUCAUGUGGUUAGAGAAGAAUCCAGAAUUAAAUACAUUUUGAAACACUUUUUUCUUUAAAGAAAACAGAGAUCAAAUUUAAUUUGAUAUUUUUCCAUAAUUGCUUUCGGGUAUUUUGCUUUUAUAUUUGUCGAACUAGACUCUAUCCAUGCGAGUAUAAAUCAAAUUUUACAAUACAAGGAAUAUUUAUGUCGAUUUUGAGAGUCAACUUUUUAGUUUAGAUUUUUAGUCAACUCUUGUUCCGAAUCAAAGAAUGGAGAAUAAGUUAAAAAUAAACACUCCAAAAACGGAAUGUAUAAACCCGACGCUAUCACCGUUGUCUUAUGAAUUAGCACAUUUCGUAAUGAUGAUGCCCUAUCAAUCGACACUCGAUUUUAGUUGACAUUAUUCUGUUUACAUGUAACAUAAAGAUUGACGAAAGCAAAGUCCAAUUAUAGAGUGAUAAUUGAUUGAUGACAGCGUCUACAUUGUAGGCUUACUUUAAGUGAUAUGUAUUGUCUGACAUAGACCUAUCUGAUAAGUGUCAUCUCGCAAACAACGUCUGAACUGUUAUGAAGAAUAAGAUUGUGUCAUAGGGAAUUGUUAGUAAAAAUUCCCUGGCUGAACAGUACGCGACGCUAUUGUGCACCGUAUAUAGUACAAUUAAAUCAAAUAUUAUCAUGCAUGAGAUUAUUCUAAGGAGUGUUACUUACUCCUUAUUUGCCAAUAUAAUAAAUUUAGGUGGUACCAUAUUAUACCAAAAUUAAUUUUCAGAAAAGUCUUUGUAGAUUUUCUUCAUGAUCCCAUGAAAUGAAUUUUUAUAAUCAGUUAGGGCUUAUUGAUAUACCUUGGCGUGCCUCCUUACCAGCGUUAGGUAUCCUAGCAACGCUGGGUAUAAUCGCAUCGCACCGGGUGAGAUGGUAUUCAAAUAUUGAUGAAAACGUCUGCAUGAAGAAAGAAAGAUUCCUCAUUUUUGCGCAGUAUAUAUUAGCCUAUAGUCAUCAGACACAUUGAUCGUUUUAUGACUUACAAAUAUUCUAAGAGAUUUGCAGCAGAUACUAAAUUCAUUGAUAUGUGAUUUAAAAUUCCGUCUGUAUUUUUAGUAUUAGAAGCAUUUGUUGUCACGAUUAUUGAUAUUUCAAACUAUAAAUAGAAAUUUCUGACUUAAUUCACUUUAGAAAAUCAAUUUCUGAGUAGCCGAUUAAAUUGCCCAAGAUCAAAUCCAUUGUUCAUCAAUAUUAUUAAAUGGUGAAACAAUAAUCAUUUAGCGACAGUCAAGAUCAAGUGAUCCCCUUGUAUUUCGACAAAAUAAUAAUCAAUGAAUUAUCGAUUUUGUGUAUCGGUACAAGGCUGGAUCCCACAGAUCAAAACAGUGUUAUGGACAAGAUAUGAGUUAAUAUGAGAACAAGACAAGUUUAUGAGAACAAAAUGUUUUAUCAGCCGUAAUUACGCAUUGAUUUGUUUAUGGGGGAAAUAACGAAAACGAAAGCUUUUCACACGAAUCACGUUAUAGGAAGUAGCAGCACGCAACCAUCAACAAUGCUUGGAAAGUUUUAUGAUUUAUCCCCCCUCUAUCUCCGCCUACCCCACCCUUCUCUCCUUCUCUAUCCUUCCCUGUCUCUCCCCUCUCUUUCUUUUAUUUCAUUAAUUUUAUCCUUCCUCUAACCCUAUAUCUUUCUCGCUAUUUUAUUUUUCUUCUUAUCGUUCUCUCAUUCCCUCUUUACGCCUCUCUAUGUAUCGGAGUGUCCUUUUCAAAGAGAACAUACUCGAAGACUUAAAUGCUUCACUUACAUUGAGUACCUUAAGCUCGGUGAUGUGUAUUUAGAUAAGUGUAGUUUCAUAAUAUAAUAUAUACUUAGUUUAAGUCGAUAACUCUUUGUAGAUAUUCAUGUAUGUAGACAAAUCUGAAAUAGGUGGAUGGUGUGAUUAGUUGAGUAUAUUUUGUUGUCUUCUUAUUGAUAUUGUUUUAUUUUAACAUGGAUGAUUUGGGACUCAUUUAUGAUUGUAUUUGACAAUGUGGUUCAUCAGAAUAUUGGAUUUGCUUGUAAUAAACACAGGUGGAAAAUACAGAAGAAAA